CAAGGUGACGGAGCCUUGGCUUCGGUGGUGGAUUGAGCGGGUCUGAGGCAGGUUACCACCGGGUUGCGAGUCGUCGGCUUGUCAGCGCUGUCAUGGCGGGUGUACUCAAGAAGACCACUGGCCUUGUGGGAUUGGCCGUAAGUGAUAGUCCACACGAGAGGCUAAGAAUAUUGUACACAAAGAUCCUUGAUGUUCUUGAGCAAAUCCCUAAAAAUGCAGCAUAUAGAAAGUAUACAGAACAGAUUACAAAUGAGAAGCUGGGUAUUGUUAAAGCGGAACCAGAUGUUAAAAAAUUAGAAGACCAGCUUCAGAGUGGUCAAAUAGAAGAGGCGAUUCUUCAGGCUGAAAGUGAACUAAGUCUGGCGAGGAAAAUGAUACAGUGGAAACCUUGGGAGCCUUUAGUGGAAGAACCUCCCACCAAUCAAUGGAAAUGGCCAAUAUAAUCAUCAUUAAUUGACUUUGGUGUGUUGAUGGGAAAAUGGUAUAAUUAAAUGUUCUGGUAUAUUAUUAAAAAUGUUUCCAUAUUAUUGACAUCUUAGAAUCAAGAAAAUUCAUACAGAACAUAUUGAGGGGACUUAUUGAAAUUAGUGAUUACUUCACAAUUAUGGUAAUAGGGACUUGUGUAUCAACUUUUGAUUUGUAAAGCGUUCACUCAAAAUUAUUUCAAAUAUGAUAUUUCUUUAAACAGAAAGAUGUUGGGAAGAUUUGAAAGUUAAUUGGAAAAAUUCCUACAGAUCAUCAAAGCAGAGACCGUAAUCCAAAGGUGAAGUACUUAUAGAUGGUAUUUUAUCUUCAACACAUCAUUUUUUAAAAAUUAUUACCCUGGAAUAAAAAGAAAAGGUACUCUAUUUACUAUUGUUGUUUUACCAAAUUUAUAAGUCACUGCUUGAAGUGAAGUGAUGAGUGAAGAUGUUCAAAUGUGAUGAAAUAGUGAAAGUAGCUGGUGAUAAAAUUUUAAAUUGUGGUUAAACUCCUUGACUCUGAUCUUAUGUAUGUAAAGUAAAAUUUAAAUAUAUGAUUAUAUACCGAUUACCAGAUCCAUUAUGGAUAUAAUUUUCUUUUAGCCUACUUUUGAAUUAUUUAUUCCAUUUACUGUUUUCAUAUUGUCUUCAUUUUAUCAUAUCUUUACUGUAUCACAGUUGAAAACCUUCAUCAAAUUAGAAUUCAUUGAAUAGUCAAAGAAAUUGUUUCAGUAUUUAAAAGAAAGAUUUCUUAUUGUACAGAAGUUGUUGGAAAAGACUUUCAUUUUGUCUCAUUUAAGGAUAUUAAUAUUCUGGUCCUUAGCCCUUAAUUUUUUUGAUCAACCCAACUAUAUCAAGAUAGAGGUAACUUUUUUUAAAAAAAAAAAGACAUUAAGAACUCCUAAAGUUUAUCUGACAUAUAUGUACAGGCAUAUCCUCAAAACAUUUUAAUCAGAUGGUUAUAAUUUCAAAGUGGAAUUACUCAGUAGUUUCCAGUAUUAGUACAACAGGUAUCAAACAGUAGACAAAUGCUAUUCAAGGAAUGAAGCAGUUGGCAAGCUAAAAGUUAAAAAAAUAAAAUAAAAUUACUCCUCA